CAUUUGACUUUGCUGCAAGCCCUGGUAUAACUUCUUUUCCUAUAAGUUGGAGCCAAAGAGCACAAUGAGUACAAGAAAGAGAAAGCAUGGUGGAUCAGUAGGUUCUAGACAAGCCCAGAAGCAAACUCGGGAAGCAGCUGCCACUCCUGAGAUUUCCUUGGAAGCCAAACCCAUAGAACUUGUGGAAACUGGUGGAGAAGCAAUUGUGGACCUCACCUGUGAAUCUUUGGAACCAGUGGUUGUUGACCUGACUCACAAGGACUCCGUGGUGAUCGCUGAUGAAAGGAGGCCAAGGAAGCACGCAAGACGGCUGCGCCAAGACCAGGUUGACAGCUGUGUGGUGAGCAGCAAUGAUGAGAAACUGUCCAGGGAAAGAGCUGUGUAUGUGACCACCCACACCCCCAGAGGCGCGAGGGAGGAGAGGACCAUAGGACCCAGGCCCUCUGGUACUGUCAGUCAUCCAAUCUGCAUGGAUGGAUACUCUGAGAUUGUGCAGAAUGGUGGUCUGAUUGUUUCUACAGAAUGUGGCCACGUCUUCUAUAGCCAGUGCCUCCGUGAUUCACUUAAGAAUGCUAACAUUUGCCCAACUUGUAGAAUAAAGAUCAGCCACAAGUGA